GUUUUUUUGUUGGGGCAGAAAAAAAUAGCCAUGCCUAAAUGGAUUGGGUCUGUGCCCAGUAUUGUUUUUUGUUAUACACGCAAAUUGUGAUAAGAUUUUUUCCCCAUUCUUGCCCACUUAUUCCUGUGGUUUAAACUGUGUAUAUCAGUGCAUUUUCUUCCAAUUUGUUUGGGUUUUUGAUAAUACUGUGCAAGGUCCAACCAUGGCUGGACUACUUAUUUUGUUUUAUGACCCCUCUAAUAAGACAGUCUCAUAAAACAGUUGCCUGAGGUGUAUUUUUUGGGUUACGCCCGUGUUUUAUCGAUUCAGUGGUAUUAGCAGGAAUAAAAUGACUUGUUUCUGUUGUACUCGAGUCUUGUGAAAAAAGGGCCCAUAGUUUAGUGACGGUUUCCAAAGGCUUUAGUACCAUCUGUAUUACAAAAUGGGGGACCCAAACUCCCGGAAGAAACAAGCUCUGAACAGACUUCGUGCUCAGCUUAAAAAGAAAAAAGAAUCUCUAGCUGACCAGUUUGAUUUCAAGAUGUAUAUUGCCUUUGUAUUCAAAGACAAGAGGAAAAAGUCAGCGCUCUUUGAAGUGUCUGAAGUGAUACCAGUCAUGACCAAUAAUUAUGAAGAAAAUAUCCUGAAAGGUGUGCGGGAUUCCAGCUAUUCCUUGGAAAGUUCCAUAGAGCUUCUACAAAAGGAUGUCGUACAGCUGCAUGCACCCCGCUAUCAGUCUAUGCGCAGGGAUGUGAUUGGCUGUACACAGGAGAUGGACUUCAUACUUUGGCCUCGGAAUGAUAUUGAGAAGAUAGUCUGUCUUCUUUUUUCUAGGUGGAAGGGAUCUGAUGAUGAGCCCUUUAGGCCUGUUCAGGCCAGGUUUGAAUUUCAUCAUGGUGACUAUGAAAAACAGUUUCUGCAUGUACUGAGCCGAAAGGACAAGACUGGAAUUGUUAUCAACAAUCCUAACCAGUCAGUGUUUCUCUUCAUUGACAGACAGCACUUGCAGACUCCAAAAAACAAAGCUACAAUAUUCAAGUUAUGCAGCAUCUGCCUGUACCUGCCACAGGAGCAGCUCACCCACUGGGCAGUUGGCACCAUAGAGGAGCACCUCCACCCUUACAUGCCAGAAUAGGGUACUGGCCAGCAAAAUGGGGAAGAUCACAGAAUAUAGGAGUGCAGUUUUCACUUUUCUCGCCAUUUGUUCUUUCGGAAUAGAAGAAAAUGGACACAUGUUCAGAACACUCUCCAUCGUGGAACUUGAUCAUCCUGGAUUAUUUUCUUUUAUCAUUUGUAUCUCAGAACUUUAAAUUUUUUUUUAGAUGUUUUCUGCAUGGACCUUGUGAAAGAGAAUGCUCUGCAUAUUUCUGCAUUGCAUGAGCAUCCUACCAAAAAUGUGAAACGAAGGGACUGUUAUACACUGAAAGGAAUGUAUCUGAGAGCACAAAAGUGAUCAUUUAUGGUGGUGUUCCCAUUUGUGCUGGUCAUGCCCCCCAGUAUCAGUAUUCAUAGGGUGAGAAGUGAACAUAAUGGUGCAAAAGCCUUGUAGCUUUGCUUGUUAACAUGAUUGUCUCAGAGCUCUGUCAGAUUCAUUCUGAUUUAACAGUUCUGUGGCUGUUGCAGUAGAAGGCUAAACAUGGGAGAGAAAUCUUAUAAGGAAAAAAAGCAUCUCAUUUGGUGUAGGCAUUAACUGCCUCUUUUAUUUUGCUUGGCCAUGUUUGAGUUUACUGGCAUUCUCAUUUUGGAUCUCUUUCCCCAGUUUGCUGUAUAACUAAAUGUAGAGUGUUCUGUUGGGUUGAAUACAUUUUUACAGACCUGGAGUCUGAAGUAGCCUAAAGCAGCUAAAUUUAAAAUAGCAGCUGCAGAAACUGUGUUGGCAGAGGAUUUUUCCCCCUGAGAGUUGACUUGUAAACUUGCUGGUGAACUGUGUAGGAAAUACUGGUUUCCAAAACAUUUCUUAAUGGAAAACCCUCUUGAGGUUCUUGGGGUGGGGGGGAGGGGGGAGUAAGAUACUCUAAAGCAGUUGUGGAUUUAAUUGUAAAAUAUUGUUUGAAGUGUCAAAAUUGGUUUUGACAGAACAUAUUUUGUUAAAGAUUGUGCAAUGAACAUAAGGAAGACUACUGUAUAGUUUUGGCAAAGAACACUUUGCUUAAGGAUUGAGUAAUUUACUGAAGUAAAUCUGUAUAAGCCUACUCCCUUUGGGUAAAACUAGUGCUUAUCUGUUUAAAAUCUGUAUUUAGCUUUUGUUUGGAAUUGAGGGGGAAAAUUGGAAAUAAACAAAUUAGGUGAA